CCGCCCUCCGCUCCAUCUGCGGCUUCGGCCGAGCCACCGUCGGCACCUCCUCGCUCGUUCUUUCCACCGAGCUAGUCUCGCGGCGGUGGCGCGACCGUGUCAGCAUCAUUGGAUUUGUAUGUUUUACGAUUGGGUUUCUAUCUUUGCCGGGAAUAGCAUAUGUUGUGCGGGGUGAGUCGUGGAGGGUUCUCUAUGUGUUGACGGCGGUGCCGUCGGUGGUUUACACGGUGGUGGUGUAUUUGGUGAUGAGGGAGUCGCCGAGGUGGCUGUUGCUGAAGGGAAGGAGGGACGAGGCUAUUGAGACGAUUAGGAAGAUGACGGCGAAGGGUAGGGAUGAUAUGGUUAGUUGCAGUUUUUCUAACUUGGGGAUUCUGUUAGAGCAUGAUGAAUCAGCCCGCGAUACCUCCGACAACAUCUUCUCCUCCGCCAAGAAGCUAUGGCAGAACCGCUGGGCAUUCCGGCGACUAACUGCACUAAUGACCGUCAGCUUCGGCGUCGGCAUGGUCUACUACGGCAUGCCUCUCAACCUCGGUAACCUCAGCUCCAAUCUCUACCUCAGCGUGGCUCUCAACGCCCUCACCGAACUCCCUUCCUCCCUCUUCGUCUUCUGCCUCAUAUCGCGCAUGAACCGCCGCAGCUCCACCCUCGCCUUCACCGCCGCCAGCGGACUAUUCAGCAUCGCCUGCGCGGCGAUGGGCGGCGGAGGGGGGUGGGCCGAAAUGGCGACCGAGCUCGCGGCUUUCUUUUCGGCGUGCACGGCGUUCAGCUUCGUGCUGAUAAGCAGCAUCGAGCUUUUUCCGACGUGCGUGAGGAACUCGGCGAUAGCGAUGGUGAGGCAGGCGUUGGUGGUGGGAGGGGUGGUGGCGCCGGUGGUGGUGGCGGAGGGGAGGAGGAGGAGGGUGAUGUCAUUUGGGGUGUUUGGUUUGGUGAUUGGGUGUUGUGGGAUGUUUGCGGUGUGCUUGCCGGAGACCAGGGGGAGGGGGAUGACUGAUACAAUGGAGGAGGAGGAGUUUAAGGAUGGAGGUGGUUAAUUAGUUUUUUUUAAUUAUUAUUUCAAUUGCAAUUGGGAUUGUAGACUGUCAUUUUCUAG